AUGUAAAAAACAACAUAUAAUUAAGUACAAGUAGAGGAGUGUAAUUAAAUAGAAAAAGAAACUAAAAGUUCCGCUUUACUAGGAUCUAAAAUCUACUCUCAAUACAAAUACAGAUGGAUCAUUUUAAUGUGUUAUCUUAUAGUUGUAUUUAUUAAUGGUAUCGGAUAUUAAACAUUUAUUCCUAAUGCGAAAUAAGUAAUCAUUUUUAAAGUAAUUGUAGUUUGUAUAACUUUAUGAUUUAGAUGAAUAAAUCAUAACUCUUACUGGAACUAUAUAUCUGAUAAUGUAGCCAUUAUUUACUUUUUUUGCAUCUUCAUGUAUUUAAUUUGCGUAUAAUGAGUCAUUGUUAAUAAAGGCUUUGGUGUAUCAAUUAGUUUAGGUGUAAUAUUAACAAUAGCUGGUUAUGGUAUUAGACUCUUAAUUAAUUAAUUCUCUUUUAUUUUUGUUAUUGUAGGUUAAGCAUUUUUGGGAAUAUCAAGACCUUUUAUUUUAAAUGGUUAAACAACUAUGGCUUAAAAUUGGUUUUUUCCAUCGAAUCGUACUGCAGUUUUGGCUGCUUGUAAUGCAUUCUAAACAUUUUCAAUGGUUAUUAGUGUAUUAUGGCCAGCAAAUUGGAUAUUUAAAGAUUAUUCAUAUAAUAUGUUAAAUAAAUAAGAAGGAUUAGAUUUAUCAAUCAAAAUAUAAUAUCAACAAUUCUUUUUAAGUCUAACACUAAUUCCUGUUAUUUUUCUUAUAAGAAAUAAACCAAAAACGCCUCCAUCUGGCUUUGCAAAUUCUGA